UAUCUGAGAGCAGAGAAAGAGAGAGAAAAGAAGAAAAUGAAUGCUUGCUGCGGAGGAAAGAAGCAAAUCUAAAGAAGAAGAACAACAAAAAGUCUGAAUUCAUUUUCCUUUUCUUUUUCUCUCUCAAUUUCUCAGAGGAGAGAGAAUGCGAGGAAAUCAAUUCAAGUGUUGGUUCCGAUCGAUCUCUCUCAAGCUCUCCGAUCCAUGCUUGCAGACAGGGCAAUAAAUGCUUGUAGAUCCGAGUGUUCGGUGCCACAUUCGUCGCAUUCUUAAAGCUCUGCUUUGUCACUAACGUCGGGAUCGUAGUCGCACUCAACGAGGUUUCUUGCUGUUUUUGAAGGAAUUUGACUUGGGGGAGAUUUGGUAAGUAGUCAAGCUCUGCUGAGUGCUUUCCAAAUUGGUGAUUUUUGCUCUGUGAUUUGAACUCAAAUGGUGGCUUAGUGGUUUGUGGAAGCUGAAUUAGGGUUUCGUUGAGUGGCCACUGACACUGUUGGGAUUUUCAGCUGGACCAGAAUCUAGGGUUUUGGAUUAUCAAAUUGGUGUUUUUUUUUUUUUUUUUGGUUAAAAAAAAGUUAUGGACGUUGAGCCUCUACAUUUUGAUUGGUACAGUUGUUUCUGAUAUUAUCUUAGUUUAUGAUCUUAUGUGUUCGAGCACUAAGAUUCUACGUUGAGUUGACUUGGUCUUACAAUGUAUGGUUUUGGAUUGGUAUUGGUAUUGGGUUGGUGAAAUUGGAACUAAUUUAAUUUGGUGAAUUUAGUGAAGCCCGCGAAUCGAAGCCGGAUAUGGUUUUUGUGUGAGAGUGAUUGUUGGGCUUUAAGUGAUUUUUGUUGUAAGCUUUAGCUGGAUGGAGAUUAUGAGGAUUUUGUUUCGGUUCAACAGUUGUUUGAUUUCGGGGCGUAUGGACAGGCUGGGGUGACAAUUUGGAGGGUUUAGUUUACGAGAUGCCUCCUUCUCCGGCAUUGAGAUGCUCUCCCAGUCCUGGGAGAGAGAUGAAAGGGACCAAUCACAGGCGAGGACGGAGUUUCGAGGGCGGAUUGUUGUUCAGAGAGAAAGAUGACGAUCUUGCUUUGUUCAACGAAAUGCAGACCAGGGAAAGAGAGAAUUUCUUGCUUACGUCUGAUGACAUAGAAGACACAUUUUCUUCAAAAUUGAGAAACUUUUCAGAUGUUAAGCUUGGAAUCUCUAUUCCUGUUCGUGGAGAGAGUAGCGACCUGCUUAAUGCCGAAGGAGAGAAGAAUGACUAUGACUGGUUACUAACUCCUCCGGACACUCCUCUGUUUCCUUCAUUGGAUAAUGAGCCACAACCAGUUAAUACUGCACCCAGGGGCAGACCUCGGAGUCAACCUAUUUCUAUAUCAAGAUCUUCCACGAUGGAAAAGAGUUACAGAAGCAGUAGGGGUAGUGCUAGUCCAAAUCGCUUAAGCCCAUCUCCUCGGUCUGGGAGUAGCUCUUUCCAGUCAAGGGGAAGGCCAUCAUCAGCACCUCAUUCCAGUCCACCUCCAGGUCCACGGAGUGGUACUCCAUCACGGAGACCAUCCACUCCUCCAAGUAAACCCUCAACACCUGCUCCAAGGUCUUCUACCCCAACUCCCCGGAGGAUGAGUACUGGGUCCAGUGGUACCAUGGCCUCCCCAGGGAUUAGGGGAACUUCCCCUGUAAGUACAAGUCGAGGGAACUCUGCUUCGCCAAAAAUAAGGGCAUGGCAAGCAAAUAUUCCAGGUUUCUCCUCUGAUGCACCUCCCAAUCUUCGUACUUCUCUGGCUGAUCGACCAGCAUCAUAUGUGAGGGGUUCUUCACCAGCAUCCAGAAAUGGUAGGGAUUCUACCUCCAAAUUCAACAGGCAGUCAAUGUCUCCAACAGCUUCUAGAAGCAUCAGUUCAUCUCAUAGUCAUGAUCGAGACAGAUUCAGCUCUCACAGCAAAGGCUCUGUGGCAUCAUCUGGCGAUGAUGAUAUAGACUCUCUGCAAUCCAUUCCUGUGGGUAGUUUAGACCGAGCAAGUUCAAGGAAAAUUGGUGCAUUAUCAAAUAACCGAGCUUUGGCCUUUUCGAAGAAAUCACCUAAAAUAGUGUCCUCAACGUCUGCUCCAAAAAGAUCAUUUGACUAUGCUCUUCGGCAGAUGGAUAAUCGGAAAAGUCCUCAAAAUAUGUUCAGGCCACUCUUGUCUAGUGUCCCCAGUACCACCUUCUAUGCUGGAAAAGCAAGUUCUGCACACCGUUCUCUGAUAUCUAGAAACUCCUCAGUCACAACAAGCAGCAAUGCAAGCUCUGAUCAAGGAACAAGUGCUGCACCUGAUACUGAAGGUAGUGACCAGAUCCAGGAUGAUACGGCAAGUGAAUGUGGGAAAGCUGCAUAUCCUGAUGUCUAUGAAGAAGUAUUUGCCUUUGAUAAGAUGGAUGUAGUAAAUGAAGACAUUGGGCAUGAAAUGCAUGACGCAUCGCUUCACAUUGGGCAUGGUGACUUUGAUAAAGGCCCUGCAGUUGAGUAUGGUAAUGCUGACUCUGAAAACUCCAGUCACCAUGGUAUUGCCAUGGAAGUCAGUGCAACUUCCGAAUCUUCUCAGGUUAAGGCUAAUUCUUCAGAAGCUGAUUUUCUUCAAAAUAUGGAAAUUUGUUUAAAGUGUGGUUCUAGGUAUGUUGCUGUUGAUGAAGUGGAAGGGGGCAUUAAACGUUGUCCAUAUUGCUGUAGGAAAGACAAAUUUUUGACUGUCAUAAUUCCGGAUGCAACGACUGUAGUUGCUGUAAACUCUCCAGAUGCAACCAUAGUUGCUUCAAACUCCCCAGUGAUGUCUAUGAAGAUUUCUAAAGAAGAAAGGCCUUCUGAUGAGAUGACUGUACCUGAAUUUGCACAGGUUACUUACGUGGGUGAACCAAAGGUUUCCCAGGGUGAAGAGAAUGUUGAGCAAGGUCAGACUUCCCAUUGUGAACAAAAUCAGAAUAUCUGUGGGGAAUUGGCAAGGUCGCUGGUAGAGGACGUUGAGCAUAGUCAUGCCAAUCAGCAAAAGAUGGGCCAACCAACUUUUCAUCACAGCAUAACUGAUGAUGACCCUGGGGGUCAGCAAUUGCAUCACUUUAGCGACUAUCCAAAUCCGAAGGUUGACUUUUCAGAAGGUACAGGCAUCUCCGUACUGUUGAAGAGGUCAAGCAGUAGCAAGGGGCCUGUUGUUCAAGGCAGGACAUUUACCGCUACUACGAUACCUUACGAUGAUCUGUCUCGUGCAAGAGGGAGUGCAAACAGCAUGAGAAGCUCGACUGGGCACGGAAGUUUCUCGGCAUCAUCCUCUGUUGAUUUCAGCUUAGCUAGACAGACGGAUACUCGUGUACAACGGCAGUUAAGCGGCAGGAAAUCAGACAUGGAGAAUUACAGGAAUGACAUAAGCACAAAACUUCUAAGAACUGGGUCAUCUUUGUCUGGAAUUUCAAAUCAUACUCACCAAGCGUCAGGUCUUGCAUCAAGCACACCUACAGAAGAAAACUUUGAGGUUUCUGUUGGCAAUGUGGAAUAUGAUGUUGCAGUGGAAACACCAAAAGCUUCUGAAGAACAAGAACUCGAGUUGGAAUAUGCCAAGACAGCAGUUGUUGAGAAUGAUAAUUUUGAAUAUAAUAAUGGUAGUAGAACAGUUGAUCCUUCCACGUCAGAAUUGUUGAGUCAUGUAGUUAGUGUUCAGUUAGAAGACAAUUCUGUGUUAUCAUUUCCAAAUUAUGAAGAUUGCACUUCUUAUGAAAAUGAUGAAAACUUCCUAGAAAAUGCAAGGAGCGUCAUGGAUAUGGAAGCAUCAAUUAGAACUCCAGGGUCAUCUUUAGAUGAGGAACUUACCAUGCUGAACAAUAGUGUUGAUGGAGUGGAUGUUGCACAGGCUCCUACUCACAGUUCUUUGGUUACUAUGUCAGAAGUGGAAACAGAAAAAUGCUGUCAGAGUACCCCUGGUUCACAGAUUGAUGAUAAUUCUCUGAUAUCAAAGAGCACCAAGGGUGAAUCGCAGGAGUCUUUUUCAGAUAGGGAUUUGAUUGCUGCUGUUUCAGAGCCCAACACCUCUGAUCAUGGACAUGGCAUCCUUGAGGAAUCAACAGUAAUGGUGGACUGUCGGGGUGGAAGUAAGUCAAGAAGUCUAACGCUUGAGGAGGCGACAGAUACAAUACUUUUCUGCAGCUCCAUCGUCCAUGAUCUGGCCUACCAAGCUGCAAGCAUAGCAAUGGAGAAGGAAAGCUCAUUCCCAUUGGAAGGUUCUCAGCCAAGAGUUACAAUAUUGGGGAAACUGAAUUCUGAUAGAAAGAUUGCACGCGGCAGAACUGUUGGCAAACGUGCUUCGAAGGCCCAAAAGGCCAGGCAAAGGCAGGUGGAAACUGAUGCAAAACCCCCUUCUAAUAAGUCUGAGAACGACGAGAACGACGAGAAUGAUGAUGAAUCCUUGCCCCGCAAUGUCGGGCUUCCUAACAAGAUGGACAGCAUGAAGCCUCCGAAGCUGGAAUCUAAGUGCAAUUGCACAAUAAUGUGAGGUCGUUUCUCAGGUCGUGCUUAUGUUGCCCCACAAUCCAACUCCCCCCAUGUAUUUUAAUGGUUUAUGUUUUAAGGGCUGUUUGAAUUAUUUCCAAUUGGUUUCUGAUAAUCCAAAUUACUUGUAAGCAAGUGCCACGUUGGUUUUGUACCGUAAUUGUAAAGCUUUUCUUGUUAUUAGGGCCGGUAUUAGUGAGAGGCACUGGAGUUUUGUGUCUGCUCCAGUAGCCAUAUUCUUGUUCUAUUUGGUUCAAUCCCCCAUAAGUAAUGUGUGAACGACAUCCCGCUCAUUCUUGUU